AUGUAGAAAUGGUAUUUGACCGUACACCGGAUCUAAGGGAGAGACUACUUAGUUUAGCUCUCCGAACACUUUGAAUUCUCAUUAUGCAGAUCUGACGAUCUCCGAUCCUUCAUACGCAAGCAAAUGAAGCCCUCCAUCAAUGGCGGCGAUCUCCUCAGGAACCCUACCCUCAUCAAGAUCUCCGCCUUCCUCCUCAUCUCCUUCACCUUCUUCUACUUGGGCAAGCACUGGUCCGACGAUGCCUCCCAACAGCUCAUCUUCUUCUCCACCUCCGUCGGCUCAUCCCCCAUGGUUUCAAUCGCUCCCUACAGUAAUCUGACAUUCAACCUCUCCGCUUUGAUUCCUCCAAACCAGACCGAGAUUGAAGUCCCCGUCACGCCUCCGCCGUCUACAUCUCCUGUUGCGACGGAGCCGGUUGUGGAGGCGGCGGAAACUCCUCCUCCACCUCCCCCUCAGGUGGGUCCGAUUCGGAGCUUCGGAAUCGUGGAUGACAACGGUGUGAUGUCUGACAACUUCGAGGUCGGAGAAUUGGACAAUAGUUUGAUGGAGGAUUGGGGGAAUCAGACGGAGAUCGAGGCGGGGAAAGGUGACGGCGAAUCUAGGGUUAGGGUUAGGGUUAAGAAAUUCGGGAUGUGCCCGGAGAAGAUGAGAGAAUAUAUACCGUGUUUGGAUAACGUGGAGGCGAUUAAGAAGCUCAAAUCCACAGAACGAGGUGAACGGUUCGAGCGACAUUGUCCUGAGCAAGGUAAAGCCUUGAAUUGCUUAGUUCCUCCUCCUAAAGGCUAUCGCCCACGGAUUCCUUGGCCUAGAAGCCGCGACGAGGUGUGGUUCAACAAUGUUCCUCAUACCCGUCUUGUAGAAGACAAAGGUGGUCAGAACUGGAUUUUCAGAGAUAAGGAUAAGUUUAAGUUUCCCGGAGGCGGUACUCAGUUUAUACACGGGGCUGAGCAGUAUCUGGACCAGAUUUCUAAGAUGAUUUCCGAGAUCAAGUUUGGGAAACAAACUCGGGUUGCUCUUGAUGUCGGUUGUGGUGUUGCGAGUUUUGGUGCUUACUUGUUGACACGGGAUGUCUUGACAUUGUCGGUUGCACCAAAGGAUGUGCAUGAGAACCAAAUUCAAUUUGCUCUGGAACGUGGUGUGCCUGCAAUGGUUGCAGCAUUCGCUACUAGACGCUUGUUAUAUCCAAGCCAAGCGUUUGAUCUUAUCCAUUGUUCAAGAUGUAGAAUCAACUGGACUCGUGAUGAUGGAAUUUUGCUUGUUGAGGUCAACAGAAUGCUGCGAUCUGGAGGUUACUUUGCCUGGGCAGCACAGCCCGUCUAUAAGCACGAAGCCGUUUUGGAGGAGCAGUGGACAGAGAUGCUAAACCUUACUGACCGGCUUUGCUGGAAACUUGUAAAGAAGGAAGGAUACAUAGCUAUCUGGCAGAAGCCCUUCGACAACAGCUGUUAUUUGAGCCGUGAGGAUGGCACCAAACCUCCUCUUUGUGAUGCUGACGAUGACCCGGAUAACGUUUGGUACACGAGUCUGAAGCCUUGCAUCACCCGCAUCCCUGAGAACGGAUACGGUGGAAACAUCACCUCAUGGCCUGCCCGUUUACACACUCCUCCAGAUAGGCUGCAGACAAUAAAACUGGAUUCCCUUAUUGCAAGGAAAGAGCUUUUAAAGGCAGAGUCGAAAUUCUGGAAUGAAAUGAUAGGAGGAUAUAUCCGUGCCUUCAAAUGGAAGAAGAUGAAACUAAGAAAUGUCUUGGACAUGAGAGCCGGCUAUGGCGGAUUUGCAGCUGCACUGAUUGAUCAUAAGCUCGAUUGCUGGGUUCUCAACGUGGUUCCUGUCAGUGGACCUAACACAUUACCCGUUAUUUAUGAUCGAGGACUAUUGGGAGUGAUGCACGAUUGGUGUGAACCAUUUGACACGUACCCAAGAACGUAUGACUUAUUGCAUGCAUCCGGACUAUUCUCAAUCGAGAGAAAGAGAUGCAACAUUUCGACCAUCAUGUUAGAGAUGGAUCGGAUUUUAAGGCCUGGAGGACGGGCUUAUAUCCGCGACUCCAUUGACGUGAUGGAUGAACUUCAAGAGAUCGCAAAGGCAAUGGGCUGGCACACUACUCUUCGUUUCACAUCCGAGGGUCCUCAUGCCAGUUAUCGGAUACUAACAUGUGAGAAGCGUCUUCCUCGUGCAUGAAUCUGUCCAAAAGGAUAAAGUAUCAGAUUCUGCUAAACCCGAGACACCAAGAAAACGGACCAAACCCCAUCUGCCUAACCACUGAGAUGUCAACGCAGCUUGAGCGCUUGUUUGUGAUAGAGCUCAUCUCAUAACGGAUCCAAUUCAAUACUUUUAAGGUUCACAGGUAGAAUUCAACCCAAAAGUUAUCUUACUGGGAUGGUGCCCCGAUAAUUUUAAGAAAUUAUGGGAUGAGUUUUAUGUGAGUUUUAAAAUGAUUGAAUUGGAUCUAUUAUGGGUUGAGUUUGACAAGUUUUUAUAUUACUCGUUAACACCUUAUGUUUUACCUAAUUGUAAAUUUUAUUGUUGGGUGUGUUAUGUGGUUAGUGAAUGUUUACAAAAAGCUUCACUUAGACUUGGUCCUGGAUUUUUGUAGCGUUCUUGCAAUUUGCCAAUAUAUAUAUUUGUAAUAAUUUCAUAUUCUCCACAAAAUCUUGUAACAAAUGCUCACAGAUUGUCGUU